GAUGGCGGCGCCCAGCGGAGCGGCGUGCGGGCCGUGAGAGGACGCCGUGCGCUGGUGCUGGCAUCUGGAGCGUGGGGUCGUCGGCGUCAUGUCGCGAUUGAUCGUGAAGAACCUCCCAAAUGGGAUGAAGGCGGAGCGUUUCCGGCAGCUGUUCGCCGCCUUCGGCACGCUGACCGACUGCAGCCUGAAGUUCACCAAAGAUGGCAAGUUCCGCAAGUUUGGUUUUAUUGGCUUCAAGUCUGAGGAAGAGGCCCAGGCAGCGCUGAGCCAUUUCAACAGGAGCUUUAUCGACACGUCCCGGAUCACAGUGGAGUUCUGCAAGUCUUUCGGAGAUCCAACGAAGCCCCGAGCCUGGAGCAAAACAUGCCAGAAGCCCAGCCAGCCCAAGCAGCCGCCCACGACUCUGUAACCCCCGAUGGCUAAGAAAGACCACAGCAAGAAAAAAGUGCCAAGUGAACUGGAGAAGCUGAAGGAAGAUGGCGACUUCCAGGAGUUCCUGUCCGUUCACCAGAACAGGGCCCAGGUGGCCACGUGGGCCAACGAUGCUCUGGACACUGAGCCCCCGAAAGGGAAGAACAAGCCAGCCAGUGACUACCUGAACUUUGACUCCGACUCGGGGCAGGAGAGCGAGGAGGAGCAAGAAGAGGAACAAGGCCUGCAGCCAAAGGCAGCUGUGCAGAAGGAGCUGUCAGACAUGGACUACCUGAAAUCCAAGAUGGUGCAAGCUGAGGUGUCCUCCUCAGAAGGGGAGGAGGACGAGGACAGUGAAGACGAGGCAGUGAACUGUGACGAAGGCAGUGAGUCCGAGGAGGAGGAGGAAGAGGAGGGCUCCCCUGCUGCUCCAGCCAAGCAGGAGUGUGCAAGCCAGGGAUCCCUGCCUGGGAGCAGAAGGCCUCAGGAGGCUGCAGACAAGGCAGGGAAACCAGCCCACCAGAAGGAUCCCACCACUCCCUACACUGUGAAGCUACGAGGAGCCCCGUUCAACGUCACCGAGAAAAAUGUUAAGGAAUUCCUGGCACCCCUGAAGCCAGUGGCCAUUCGAAUAGUGAGAAACGCUCACGGGAACAAAACAGGGUACAUCUUUGUGGAUUUAAGCAGUGAAGAGGAAGUGAAGAAAGCUCUGAAAUGCAACCGGGAAUACAUGGGUGGACGCUACAUUGAAGUGUUCAGGGAGAAGCAGGUUCCCACGGCCCAGGGACUCCCAAAGAGCAACACCAAAGUCUGGCAGGGCCGCACCCUUGGGGAGCAUGAGGAGGAGGAGGAUCUGGCUGACUCAGGGAGACUCUUCGUACGCAACCUGUCCUAUACCAGCUCUGAGGAGGACCUGGAGACACUCUUCUCUGCCUAUGGGCCCCUGUCAGAGCUCCACUACCCCAUCGACAGCCUGACCAAGAAGCCCAAAGGCUUUGCCUUUGUCACCUACAUGUUUCCUGAGCACGCUGUGAAGGCCUAUGCCGACGUGGACGGGCAGGUGUUCCAGGGCAGGAUGCUCCACGUCCUGCCGUCCACCAUCAAGAAAGAAGCCAGCCAGGAUGCUGACACCGCAGGCUCCUCGUACAAGAAGAAGAAGGAAGCCAAGGACAAAGCCAACAGCUCCAGUUCUCACAACUGGAACACGCUGUUCAUGGGGCCGAAUGCUGUGGCCGACGCCAUUGCUCAGAAGUACAAUGCCACCAAGAGCCAAGUGUUUGACCAUGAGACCAAAGGUAGUGUGGCCGUGCGGGUGGCCCUGGGUGAGACCCAGCUGGUCCAGGAAGUCCGGCGCUUCCUCCUUGACAACGGUGUCUGUCUGGACUCAUUCAGCCAGGCUGCCGCGGAGCGGAGCAAGACGGUGAUUUUGGCCAAGAACCUGCCGGCAGGCACCCUGGCUGCGGAGCUGCAGGAGGCCUUUGGCCGCUUCGGCAGCCUAGGCCGCGUGCUGCUGCCUGAGGGUGGUGUCACGGCCAUCGUGGAGUUCCUGGAGCCCCUGGAGGCCCGCAAGGCCUUCAGGCACCUGGCUUAUUCCAAGUUCCACCAUGUCCCUCUGUUCUUGGAGUGGGCUCCAGUUGGUGUCUUUGGUGCAGCCCCACAGAAGAAAGAGUCCCACAUCACCCCAGCAGAACCACUGGAAAAGGACCACGUGCCACCAGAAACAGCAGCCCAUGGUGAGACCCCAGAAGGUAAGAAGGCAGCUGAGGAAGGAGCAGAGGCCCCCACAGCCAAGACGGAGGAAGAAGAGGAGGAAGAGGAAGAGGAAGAGGAGAGCCUUCCUGGGUGCACCCUGUUUAUCAAGAACCUCAACUUCAGCACCACGGAGGAGACACUGAGGGAGGUGUUUUCCAGAGUGGGAGCAGUGAAGAGCUGCUCGGUGUCCAAGAAGAAGAACAAAGCAGGAUCACUGCUGUCCAUGGGGUUCGGGUUUGUGGAGUACAGGAAGCCGGAGCAGGCCCAGAAAGCUCUCAAGCAGCUCCAGGGUCAUGUAGUGGAUGGCCACAAGCUGGAAGUGCGGAUCUCAGAACGGGCCACUACGCCAGCCUUGACACCCACUCGGAAGAAACAGAUCCCCAGGAAGCAGACGACCUCCAAGAUCCUGGUGCGCAACAUCCCCUUCCAGGCCAACCAGCGGGAGAUCCGGGAGCUCUUCUGCACCUUCGGGGAACUGAAGACCGUGCGCUUGCCGAAGAAGAUUUUAGGGACAGGUGCACACCGAGAGUUCGGCUUUGUGGACUUCCUCACCAAGCAGGAUGCGAAGAAAGCCUUCAACGCCCUGUGUCAUAGCACCCACUUGUACGGCCGCAGGCUGGUGCUGGAGUGGGCAGACUCUGAAGUGACCGUGCAGGCCCUGCGGCGGAAGACUGCCAAGCACUUCCAAGAGCCCCCAAAGAAAAAGCGGUCUGCGGUGUUGGACAGGAUCCUGGAGCAGCUGGACAGUGAGAACGAUGAGGAGCAAACCCUUCAGCUGUGAGCUGGCACC